AUGGAUGAUCUGGACAUAGCAUUAUUGGUAUGUUUGGAGGAUGAAGAGUUAUCAGAAGACAAAAAAAUCGUUCGGAAGAGAAAAUGGAGGAUGAAAGUAGAGGUAUGUAUUUCCAUCAAUUGCAAUUGCUCAAAAGAAGUGGUUAUAAAACCAACCAACCACAUUAUUGUGGAACUCUUGUCAAUACCCAAAGAUUUAAUAGCUUCUGGUAAAUAUUCACAUUUUGAUAAUUCUACUAAAAUUUCACAAAAUUAUGCAGGGAAGGUUUUGUUGAAACUUGGAGAUAUUAGCAAGACAAUAAAAAUGCAUGGUGAUGUAUACAAUUUAAGAGGGGUAAUUGCUUUUAAUGGAUCAGCAAGACAAUUGAGAGAGUCAUGUGGACAUUAUAAAGCAUAUGCUUUGAGAUCAAAUGAUCAAUGGCAAUGCUAUGACGAUUUAAAGGAGCAGGUAUUAUCAAAAUCAAGUAAUUUUAAAGUUAAUACAGAGAUUCUAUUGUAUAAAAAAUAA